CAGGCUAGUUUGACUGGACGGUUUCACGGGGAGCUGUGGCAUUUGAGUCCAGGCGUGCAGUCUAUUGCUGUCAGAGGUGUCCACUCCCGUCCGCUGGCCAGCUACCCAGGGCUGAAGAAGAAAGAGAAGGAGAGUGCAAGAGAAGGAGAGAAAGAAGAGGGGAGAAAAAUAAAGAAGGCUCGAAGGGAGAAAAGAGAGGGAAUUGGGUGAGAAGGCAGAGAAAAAGUUCUUUGAGGGAAAAAACAGAAGUUGGAUUUGGACCUCGUGUGCCCUUAAGUGCUGUCUUGUGUGAUUAUUAUUUCCCAAUUUUCAACAAGCCAUUGACAGCCAUGGAAGAUUCAAGCUUGCAGAUGGAGCCGGUGGCCUUGGCCGAGGUGUCAGACAACGAGGAGGUGGCGCUAGCACCGUCGGACGAUGAAGACGAGGCGACAGGGGCGGGAGAGGAGAAGGAGGAGAAGAGCGACGGGCAGGUGAACGGGGUGAUGGUGCUGGCCCUGCUGGACAAGAUCAUCGGCGCUGUGGACCAAAUCCGGCAGACCCAGACCGGGUUGGAGGCGAGGCAGCAGGACAUGGAGCGCUCGGUGACGGGCAUCCAGAGCGAGCUGACCAAGCUCUCCAAGAGCCACACCACCACCUCCAACUCCGUCAACAAGAUGCUGGAGAAGGUGCGCAAGGUCAGCGUCAACGUCAAGACGGUCCGCACCAACUUGGAGAAGCAGGCUGGCCAGAUCAAGAAGCUGGAGAGCAACGAGAACGAGCUUCUCAAGAGGCGUAACUUCAAAGUCAUGAUAUACCAGGACGAAGUGAAGCUUCCCUCAAAGGUGUCUGUGUCCAAGUCCAUGAAGGUCUCAGAGGCUGUGGAGGGUGAGGGGGAACCGGAGCUGAAGGAGGAGGAUGAGGAGGAUACAGAGAAGGCCAACAUUAACCUCUCCUCUGAUGAGGAGGUGGACAUCGAGGAGACCAUCGAGCCAUCGAGGGCCGAGCGCAUUGAGCACUUCAAACGCAGCAGCAUGCAGCGAGUGGACAACAUCAAGAAGGCCUUUUCCAAGGAGAAGAUGGAAAAGACCAAACAGAAGACCAAAGAGAACCUGGAAAAGACCCGACAAAAGACCAAGGAGAACCUAGAGAAGACGCGGCAGAAGACCAAGGAGAAUCUGGAGAAGACCAAGCUGAAGACUAAAGAGAACCUGGAGAAGACCCGGCUAAACAUUGAGAAGAAAAUGGGCAAGCUGGGCACCCGCAUGUCCGUCAACCCAGAACGCAGAGAAAAGCUCAAGUCCUCCAGGGACAAGGUGAAAAAGUCCUUCACCCCUGACCACACCGUCUACGCCCGCUCCAAGACAGCCGUCUACAAAGUGCCACCCUUCACCUUCCACGUGAAGAAGAUCCGGGAUGGGGAGGUGGAGGUGCAGGGCACAGAAAUGGUGGAGGUGGCUGGGGAGGAGGAGGUAGAGGAGGCCGGGGAGUCAGCAGAGAUGCUGACGGAGGACAGCCCAGAGAUGCAGGCCCUGCUGGAGAUGGCCGAGGACUCUGAGCUGGUGCUGGUCGAGCAGGACCACGACAGAGACAGCGACUAGUGCAGCCCGGGAGGGGUUAGAGGUGCGGGGGAGGGGGCAUGUGCAUGGGUAAGGUGGGAGGGAUGUCAGGCAACAUCAUAAAUACGAACAAAGGACAGAUUCAGGUUGGGGCGAGGCUUCUUUUCACAGUCAGUAGAGUGAAAACUCUUUUUCUCCAUUUAUGUUGUAACAGUCUAUGAAUAUGAAUCCUAAGUUCAGUUCAAACUGAGUCCCACAGAGGAUCAAAGAAAAAUACACUCCCAAAUUAUUAUUCUC